AUGGCUGAUAAUCCUGAAUUCGAAAUCGAUCUAUUUAGUGGCGGUGCUGCCCAGUCUGGUUAUCAUAUCAGGAACGCACCGAACGAAGAGCAAAGAAGAGUGCUUACUCAAUACGGAUCAACUCGAGUUGUGAAAGGCAAACUUCUGGAUGUAGUUCACGGGUUUCUGAAGCCAAACCGCGAACCGGCGACUCUUAUUGUUUCUGAAUUCAAAUUCCUCGGUUCGACUCGAGAAAAUCGUUUUGUAAAGGCAAAUAUUAAAUGGAAAUUCGCCUAUGAGGACAUGAACUCAGAUGAGACUCCCGAGGUCCAUAAAGUGUCGUUCGAAGAACAAUGGGUCAUGGACACCACCAAGAUCAGUGAAGCGAAGGAGUGCUCGAUGAGAGGAGGUUUGGAUGGUGGUGCUUCAGGAGUCAGUGCCAAUAUUUCCUCAGGGAGGACCAUCAGCGAGAAUUUCGAAAGCACGGAUAACAUAGUUCUGUACGGCUCCAGCAUCUUUACCAAAGACCACCAAUUUGGGCAACCAAACGCAGCACAAUGGAUCAUGAACGAAAACAAAACAGACAGGAGUGGAAUCCCAGACUCAUUAACGACCGCUAUCUUGGUCAAACGAAUUCCGGAUAAGAGUUUUGUUGGUGUCAUUGAAGUCAGAGUUGAAACGGUGCUAAAUACGAAAACUAAGGUCGCUGAAUGGUUUGGGAAAAAACCAAAAGUCGACCCGGUUAAAUUCAAUCCUACCUUACCAGCUCUUAUUGACAAGUACGUCAGAUUCAAGGACCAACUGGAUGGCAUUGUCUUGGAAGACAUACAAGCUGUCAGACACCAUAUAUCUUUGCCAACGGCCUGA